CAGUAUUUCUAUGGACUUCAGUUGAAACAGUGACUUUCGUUCGUUGUCCGUCGAAAGCUUAUUCGAAACUACGCGAAUUGGUUAUUUUGUUCGGUCAUCUAUAGGCUGUUUCCAAAAUAAUAGUUUGUGAAUUAAUUUUGAAUAUUGUGCCAGUUUGAUUAAAAAUAAUUCAAACUGGGCCAAUGUAUGGACAAAACUGUCGUAGAAAAAAUACAAAAAGCAAAGUUCAAUAGCAAUAAACAAGACGGCAACUAAAAGUUUUUAAGUGAAAAAUAUUAUUUAAAUUAAUUCAUCAUGAAAAGCUUAGCAUGUUUAAUGGCUGUAUGUCUUAUUAUAAAUGUUCCUAGCAACGCAGCAGCCCGUUCUAAGAACAAGAUGCCAAACCAGCCAAUCAAGGUGUACUACCUCCCACCUUCUCCGCCAUGCCGGUCCAUCAUCAUGGCUGCCAAGGUUAUAGGGGUAGACUUGGAACUCGUCCUAACGAAUAUCAUGGAAGGACAUCACAUGACACCGGAGUAUCUUAAGAUGAAUCCACAACACACGAUUCCGACUAUGGAUGAUAGUGGAUUCAUUUUAUGGGAGAGCCGCGCAAUCCUGGCUUACCUCGCCAACGCUUACGGUCGUGACGACUCUUUAUACCCGAAGAACCCUCGUCAGCGAGCCAUUGUCGACCAGCGUCUCAACUUCGACCUUGGCACACUUUACGUGCGAUACUCCGCACUUUAUUUACCCAUGCUGUUCCGUGGUGAGGAGUAUGAUGAACAGAAGGCUGACCAGUUAGACGAGGCCCUUGGUUGGCUGAACACCUUCCUCGAAGGACGGGCCUUCGUCGCUGGUGACAAUCUCACCAUCGCCGACAUUUCUAUCAUCGUCACCAUCACAAACCUUGAGGCUUUUGGCUAUGAUAUGAGUGGACAUCCAAAUCUCACAAAGUGGUUCGAGAGGACCAAGAAAGCUCUAGAGCCUUAUGGAUACGAAGAGGUCGAUGUAGCAGGAGCCAAGGUGCUCGCGAACUUCUUGAAGAAAGAUUAGAAGAUUCACUGUUUGUUUAUUUAUUUAUUUACUUGUUAUAAAUGUUUAGAUUACUUUUUUUCACGGAUAAGCAGAUUUUAAAUGUUUAUUUAUUUACUGGACACGUAUUAUGUUAUUUACUUUGUUUAUUAUGUAAUAAAAUAGAUCUGUUUAAUUUA